UUCUGUGAAUACCCGGCAUUCAUUGGAUAUUUCUCUCAAUUGCAAUAUCAUAUUUCAUAUAUAUUAUAAAUAAAAUAUAUUAUAAAAGAGUGGGUGAUGAAGAGAGUAGCAACUACUGGGAUUGGAGGGUCCACGUGGUCGUAAUUCUGUUUCGCGGUGACGGCAACACACAGUCGUCCACGAACUGUCUUGCUGAACGUGUGAAUUUUUUAUUACUGGAGUGAGAGGGAAAGUUUAUUAUUUAACAGUGUACUAUAAUAGUUGCUUCAAUAACCUGUGAUACAUCUCCGAAAAUUUUCCGCAGGAAUACACCCGGGAAAUAUUUUUAAAAGUUUAUUUUAUCUUUGGAAUUUUUAUACUACUAGUUGUAGGCACAAAUGAUAUUUAUUUUGUGAAUAGUUCCUCCGGUUAUUUUUGAGAGGGUUUUAAGUCGCAAAAAAUGGGAGGCGGCCAGCUAGGCCUCCUCCUCUGGAAAAAUUACGUCGUCCGCAAACGGAGACCAGGUAUUCUGAGCCUGGUAUUUCUAUGGCCCGUUGUUGUGUUUAUGAUUCUUUACACCGUUCGUGACAACGUUGAUCCCGAGUACAAUCCAACAUGUCAAUUCCCAGCUCGUCGGAUGCCACGCGAUGGGCUUUUGCCAUUUGUUCAAAGUUAUAUCUGCAGUAUUGGCAAUCCUUGCGAUUCUCUGGAUGACUAUGAAGAAGUUCCAUCCUACAAAAAAGCCACAUUGGGCCCGCUAAUGAUGGAACUGCAGCCGGUGUUGCGAAACAAAACAAUUUUGCAAGCCGUGGAAACUCUACCACAGAGCGUUAAGUUUGUAAAAUCAAUGGCAGAAAUCUUAACGAGGCCAGAAAUAAAAAAGCUGUUUGAUCGAGGCAUAAAGCUCGGUGACUUAUUUAAUAAUCACGAUGCAGUUAAACAAGCGCUCUUAGCCCAAAUGCCGGGAGCCAGAGAGGACCUGGUUGACGAUCUCUUUGAGGCUUCCAUAAAGCUUUACUAUCUCAUUGAGUCCUUCGGCUCAUCAAACAUCGAUGGGAUCGUUUGUUCUCCGGAAAGCCUGAAGCAGUUCAUUGUUCCACCAAAGGAAAAGGACCUGGUUGCUAUCUCACAGGUUUUGUGCAAUCUAGAUCCCAACAAGGUGCCUCUAAUUCUUGAAAGGCUGGCUCAACAUUUAGAUUUUCAAGGGCUCUUGGAGGUAGUUUCUCGAGUUAUGGCUAAGUUUCGCGACUAUGACUUCAUCAGCGAUAUUAAAAGAGCUAUUAUUGCUGUUUUCGAGUUGGAUACAUUCAAGAAGUACGUACCUAGUUAUUUGAAGUUACGUGAAUGGGUGCCCGAGGUUCUUGAGCUGUUCAGAGACGUUAACUUCAAGGCCAUCGAUGUUUCUUUCAUAAACAAGUCAAUCGAUAAAAUGAACCCGAUCUUCUUCGGCGACCGAGAUUGGGCCACAGCUCGUCACGGGCUCUAUAAAUUAAAUUCAAUAUUAGUAAUAAUAAAAGACAUGACCCAAAAAAAUAUCACUCAAGAAGACAAGAAUAUUUUCGAACUGUCUCACGACGUCAGUCGGAGCAUGCUAAAGUUUACAGAGUUUUCCAUGUACACCGAAGACAUCACCAAGAUCUUCGACGAGGCCUUUACGAUGGUCCAAGACAGCGCCAAGCUAACGAACAAGCUUCUAGACCGGCAUCAAGACGAGAUCGAGUUAGCCACCGAAAUUUUGGACAAUUUGCGCGAUAUUUUUCCCAACAAGGUCAUGACAACUCUCACUUAUUUAGUGUCAAUAACCGAGAGCAUCGUUCGUAUGGUCCAUCACGUUGCGAUAAUACACGAAGAGCUCGACGAGAGAAUUUACAAUGUGUCAAAACAGCAUGAGAACACAGUGAAGGAAAUGUUUAGCGAAAUCGAGCCAGAUAUUUUUCGCACAAUCGUCAAGUCGUUCUCACGCCUGGAUCUUGCUGAGACAAUAGUCGAAAUGCUGAAGAACAAGCCGAUAGAAGAGAUUAUUUGCGAUGAAGAAAUAUUCAAGAAGAUUUUUGGUGUUCAUGAAGCGAGCAAUUAUAAUUAUAAUUAUUCUGGAAAAUCGGUGACACUUAAUGAAUUUGUUUGCCGUAACGAGACAAAAUUAUUGAUAAAGGACAUUUACGAAGUCUUUGAGUUUGACAAUUUCCGGUCAGUCAUUGACAACACCCUGUCGACAUUCAUUAGCAUGGCGCUAACACGUCCGGUGGCUAUUGAGAAAUCGAAUUUAACUUCAACAGUACGUAGUAUUCGUAAUUUAAUUUACUACUUUGAGCAUUUACCAUUGAAGAAGUUAGACUGGAGUGAGUUUCAAGUUCCGGAAAAGUGGGAGCAGGUGUUCAAUGAUACUAAAGCGCAAGGCCGUGUUGAUAUAUUGGGUUAUCAUUUGAGUAUUGCUAAAAAUACCGGCUCUAAAAGUUUCACCUACAUGACAAUAAAGCCCGACUUGGAAAAUAUGGAUAUCGUUGCGGACUUAAUUCUAAAGGACUUGAGGGAAAAUCCGACCGAGUGGAUCAAUCAAGUCCGGGAACAUGAAGCUGAGCUCCUAGAAGCCUUUUACUUGACUGCAAGCGAUCGGAAUAAAACGCUAAAAAUUUUAGAGUACGAGAAUUUCACUUGUUCGUACUGCCUUGAAAGGAAUAAUGAUUUGGUGGCCUACCCGGCGGGCUCCAACGUUACUUUGCUGAAGGGGCUGGUCUGUAGACUCGCACGCGCGGUUCAAACCGAGCUUGAGAUUAAUUUGACCUUGUCAGAGCUCCAGGAGAUGACUUUCAAGGACCGGACUCCCUUCAAUUGGACGUCGUUCAAUGAAAAAUUACUUGAGAUUUACACUUAUGUAGAUACUCUAGUGCAGUUUGAUGGGGAUAGUUAUUUACUGAAGCGCUUCGAUGAACUUAAGAGGAAUUUUGAACGGACUUGGACGACCAAUUUAACGGCAGAACACGCUUGGGAAAUCAGCGUAGGUUUGCUGUGUAGAUUUUUUCUCGUGGCGGAGAGCCCGCUUUUCAACGCCCAAUCAAAGCCCAGUUGGCGGCAGCUUUACGCCGUAGCCUGGUCAGCUGCUACAGUAUCCACCAGCAUUGAGCACACCAUCGACAAUGUUCUGGACAACAACAGCUCUUUGAGAUUAUCAACAGUGAUGAAAAAUAUGCCUCAAACUGAAAUUCUUUUUGACGCCGCUUUGCGCAAUCUCCCCGCGAUAAUUCGUGAUAUUAUUGACAUUCUCACCCAGCGAAAUCCGAUUCAGCUGGUCACCGCCGUCAAUAACCACCAGAAAGUUGAGCAAAACUGGCCGUGCAUUUUUAACAAAAGUGUAGGAGACGUUUUGGAAUUACGACCAGGCACCAAAGAGUUGAUUCGCGAAAUUGAGAGAAUUUCCUGCAACCCUGGUCUGUUUAUAAAAGAGUGGGAAGAGCAUGCUGCAUUCAAGAGGGUCUACGAAAUAAUAAAAAAUCACAACGAGACGAUAUCAGUUUCGUCCUUUAAUUGGACUUCUGGGUACACGUCGUUCCGUCGAUUGAUUGCCAAGUUUGUCGUUUUAAUAAACUCCCCCCUAGAUCUUGCACUGAGUAACGAUACCUCAGAAACGGAAUAUUCUUAUAGCGGUAAAAUAUUGCCAGAGGUAAAGAAAAUAAUAGACCAGUCGAUGCCUAAAAUAGCUGAGCAAUCAAAAAGUAUAUUGGAGUACGUGGACAUGGAAAUAGAUAAAAAUAUACCUGUAUAUAAAAGUAAUAUAACCGCUCGAGAAGCUUGGAUGGAUUUAACACCACGAACUCUCGAUGAAAUUCUUGUGAUCGUCAAGUUUGGAUCUCGUGUAAUUCACGAUGUUGUGGACGUGAUUCUACGGCUACUUGGAGGUGAUCCAAAAAACAUAAAUCUACUGAACGUGUUAGGAUUUUCAAGCGAGAGCCCGGUGUCUAUUGUUAGGGAUAGAUUUCCAUAUAUCCUUGCCACCCUAAUUUACGGAAUCACCGAUAUGGAUUUAGAUAACCGGAUUUUUAUUGCUAUUAAUAAUAACAACAAUAAUAAAAGUAUCAGUAUAACCUGUGGUGAGAUUUUCACGUGGUUCGAAGAUUACAAAACAGGUAUCACAGAAGAAGAGUACCGUAUUCUCAAGAAUUUUACUUGCGACGCCGACCCAGAGAAUUUAAACGCUUUUAUCGAUCUCUACUUGAAAGAAACAACUAUUUGGCGCACUCCUGUUUCGAAUUACAAACUUCAUUUUCUCUCGCUCGGUGAACAGCUUUAUAAACUCGCAGAGUUAAUAAAAACUUUUAAAGAAGAUCUGCAAAUAAAUCCACCAAUUAAUGAAAAGUAUUUACAAGACGCUGUUAUUACGCUCAAGAAUAUACUGGAAGUGCCGAAAAAAAUUUCUUCUACAUUUAAAAAUAAUUCUGAAUUGUCGACUUACCGUCUUGUGAUUCAGGGAUUGUCGGAAGUUUUUGACAAUGCGGCUUUUGCGUUGAAAGACGCGAUCAAAUCUGAAGACAAUGCGUUGCAGUUGUGGGACUUUGUAAAAGCGGGCGAUGUACAUCAAUUGAUCAAAUAUUUAGAAAGUUAUCCCGUUGAAACAAUAUCAUUUGUAGCGACUCUCAGUACAUACAAUACUACCUCGUUGAUUCCUUUCAAAGACAUCAGACACACGAUGUGUAAUUUGCACUUCAAUAGUAGCUAUUGGAGCCAGCCGAAGGGGAAGCAUUUUUUGAGCCGGCUCUGCACUUGGGAUCAGUCUGAAUUACUGAAACAAGCCACCAGUGAAGACUUUGUUGAUUUAAUUAAUGGGAAAAAUGCGUCUUUAAUAAAAAUGAAACCUUUGGUGAAGUCUGUCGCUAGAUUUUUGGACGCCUGGGUGAAAUUGGAAGAGAAGAAUAAACAUAAAAAAAUUAAUUUUGUGUCUAAUAUUUUUAAUGCUACUACGUGGAAAGAGCUUCCUAAUGAAACUCAUGCGUUGAUCCACGAGGCAGAAAAAUCAUGGAUCCACAAAGCCGUCGCUGAGUUGGAACCGCUGGAAUAUGAGUUCAGUUCUGAUACACCAACUCGCUCUGAUAUUGUCCAGAUGCAGUCUUUCUUUAGGAAACAUCCGAUGCAUACUGCAAUGCAAGUGAUGCAAGUUUCUGAAGUGUGGUUGGACGUUAUCAACGGCGGAGAUAUUUGGCAGAAAUUACGAAUUACUUUUGAGCACUCGCGUGUUAAAUUCAUACUGAAUUUGAUGGAAGAUACGCCAAAUUUGAUGAUUACUAUUAUAGACACGUUUUUAAACUCCGAAAGGCUCAACGAUUUUAUGGACAAGUUCUUGAAUGGCACGAUAAAUGCCUGUGAUAUUGACAAGUACUUAAUCCCCUCGGGCUAUAUAAGGAAGAAGGGGAUUAUUUCAAGCAUCACUAAUUUCUGCAAUAAAAUAAUAAACAGCAAUGACAGUUUGAAUGUAAAAGAUUUCAAGCCACUUAGAGUUGCAUUAAAUGUUAUUUCAAAUUCUGAAUUUAAUAUUUUCUAUUACUCGGACAAAUUCGUUGAAGACAAUAAAAUGACUGUUAAGGCGAAGUUAAAUGAAAGUUACUUUGUAGAGCAGUUGGAAAUAUUUCAACAGACAUUAAUUCACGCGGUAAGUGAGGGUUAUAAAUCCCCGCGAACGCCGUCUUGGAUAACUUCUUUUCAAGAAGCUACUUUAAAUGACUUCAAGAAGCAAUUUUACACUCCUACUGCGGGUUCAAAAGACUUGAGAUCGCUGGCUCACUCGGUUGUUAUUAGGUCGACCAAAGUACUCAAGAAUAUAUUUAUUUCGACACCCGAGAUUAAAAAUAAUUGUUCGUGGUGCAAUACACGGGUCGUUGAGAUUAUUAACUCUCAAUUAGCGCAUCAUGAAGUGUACUCGGAAAUACUUUGUAAAUUUAAUCUAAUGAAUGUGUCACAGAUACAAGAAAUCAUAGAAAAUCGUCUGUACUGGAAGAAAACUAUCGGUAUGAUUAAAAAUUUUGAGUUUCUGAGUGUUAAAAAAGACGUUGAUAGUUUUAUUACCGCUCUCGAAAGUGCGCUGCAUUAUAUUACCGACAUUGUAAUGGAUUACAAAGACCCCGAAGGGAAGAAAAAUUUAAACGAGUGCGUCACAAAAGCUGUUAACGGCGUAAAAAAUUUUUCUCCGGGAAUUUACGUUAAAAUAAUUGUCGGAAUUAUUGACGCGUUGGAGAAGAACAUAAAAGUUCUGGAGCUUCCGAGUAACAGGGAGGAUUUGAAUAAUCGCACAAGAUUAUCCGAGAAGUUUAUUCCCAUUUGGAAGCCUUUGAGGAGCGUUGUAAAGCAAGUAUACAUUGGAGAUGUGGAUAAAUUACUUCCGAAUGCGAGCAUAAAUGUUAAUUUAUUAGUGAGCGAUAGUAAGAGCUCUGUGUGCUCAAACGCCUCUUGCAGAAAUGCUUCAACGCUGAAUAAUAUCUUGAGUUCAAAGAAGGUACACAAGUUACUGAGGUACGAUCCAAGAUUAUCAAACUAUCCGUUGACUUCAGACAUCUCGAAGUUACUCGCAGAUAGUUUGGAUUUUGACUUGAUAAACCGCGAGAUUGUAUCGUGGCGUACUGAUGAUUCAUUUAAUUUAACUUGGCUACGCGAAAUCCUCCAGCAUUUAUCAGUGGUUCUAGAGGAAGGAGGUAGUUUGUUGGAAGUGGCCAGUAAGAUAGAUUUCGAAGACGUGUCCAAUAUCCUCGGAGUUCCAGAUCUCGCUGAUGGAGUAGUUAAUUUAUUGAGAGACAAGACUGUAGAUAAACUUUUUGGAGGGCUGAAGGAAAUUCUCGACGAUGUGGAGCCUUUCUUAGACAGCGAUUCAGUGAAGCAUGACCUUUAUCUGAUUGUCGAUGCGUUUGAGUCCAUGGAAAUUUUCAAGAAUUUGGGUCUGCUUGACAUGAAAUACCUCGUGGCGGAAAUGUUCGUAGAUUGGGGCGUGUUGAGGAGGUUUUUGUUGCAAGAUAUGCAAAUUUCAAAGGAAUUCGUCGAGGUAAUAAGCCAAAGCAAAGUAGAUAUGCUGUCGAUAUUUAUGAAGGAGCGCUCAGCUAUUAGCUUGAAGGACACUCUUUGCUCUGAGGACAAUCUGAAGAACAUGCUCAGUUUCGAGGGCUCGAAAACUAAUGCUGAAGAAAUUAGUUCUGUUUUAUGCACGCUCAGUUCCGCAGUGACCCAAAAUAUGACGAUUACUUUGAUCCAAAAUGUGAAUUUUGAUUAUGUUUUUAAGACUUUAAUGAGCGCUAAUGUGAAGAAUAUUCUCAAAAAUGCUAAUCUCAGCGAAUCUCAAGGGAAGAUUAUCUUUGACAACAUUGGCGUGGUUGCGGAAUUGGUGCCUUUCUUCAAAGACAAGCUUGCGUCAGGAGUGAGUUUCAAUGAUGAAGGCGAUAAUCCCGAGAGCUCUGAGGUAUCUAGUGGGAAAUUCCUGCAAGAUGCUAGCAAAAUGCUGUGUGGUAAGCAACUCAUUCAAGACAGUGGACAGUUUUAUCGUAUUAUUAGCAGCAUCGAGGACAAAGAAAAGACCUACGAUCAAGCGGAAUUGAAUUCGCUGCCCACGGAAUUCUGUAGAGAUACUUAUAAAAGCGUUUUGGCCAUGAGUGGGGGGAAGAUUGUUUGGUCAUACGUAAAACCACUGCUGAGAGGAAAAAUUUUGUACUCACCAAAUUCGAGUACAAUAAGAAGAGUGAUGGGUUUGGCGAACCAGACUUUCAGCGAAAUAGAUAUAUUUGGAAAUUUGAUGACCAAUAUUGAGAAGACUUUGGUCGCUUUGGCAAAUUUGUCAGACAUGGGAGAGAGUUUCAAUGAUUUGAAGGAAAUAAUGGCCUCGAAGGUGAUGAAAAUAGCUAUUAAGUCUAUGAGUGGUGGUAAAAUGCAAGGUGAUUUGUCGAACUUUGAUUUAGGGGAAAUUGCGUGGAAACUGAAGAAAUCCGGCAGGUUAACGCAGAUGAUAGGAAUGCUGAAUGACUUUAUUGAGUGUGUACUCGUAGAUCGCAUGAUUGGAUUUGACACUGAAGAAAAACUCGAAGUAGAAGCAAGAAAACUCACUAAUACAAACGAAUUUUUGGCCGGAGUUGUCUUUAUAGAUACAGCUAAGUACUCAAAACGUUCUUUGGACGAAGGCCUGCCGGACGAUGUGGCCUAUAAGAUUCGCAUGGACGUGGACUAUGUGCCAUCGACAAAAAGAUUGAAGAACCAAUUUUGGAUUCCUGGACCUGAGGGAUCUUUCAUUGAAGACCUGCGGUAUCUUCGCGGGUUCAUCCAGCUUCAGGACUCUAUUGAUCGGGCGAUCAUAGAGGUAAAGUCGGGGAAAGAACAGAAUUGGAAAACUCUAAGCCAGCAGAUGCCGUAUCCCUGUUGGAAGUACGCGCCUUUUCAGUCAACUCUCUAUGAAUCUCAAGGGCUGAUAAUUUGUUUCUACUUUGCCCUGAUGAUGUGCGUGGGUUCGGCGGUCCGAUACAUCGUAUGGGAUAGGGAGUCCCAGAAUGCGAUGGUGAUGAGUGUUAUGGGUCUCAAGCCUUGGAGAAAUACUUGUGCUUGGUUCAUCACCACGGGAGUGGAAUUGACUAUUGUGAUGGCGUCUAUCUGCAUAAUUUUGACUGCCGGAAAAAUUCUUCCUAAUUCAGAUCCUUUGUUGGUCAUGUUUUUCUUCAUGGUCUAUGUCUUCUCAAUCGUAACUUUUUGUUACAUGGUCUCUACGAUGUUCAGCUCUGCUAGCUUGGCGGCUGUCACCACAGUCGUUAUGUUUCUGCUUACUUACAUGCCGUACGUCAUCGUUAUUGCUAUGGAAGCGACUUUAGGACUUGCUUACAAUAUUUUGCUGUGUCUGAGUAUGUCAACGAGUUUUUGUUACGGCUGUUUAUACGCAACUCGCCGCGAAGUCCAAGGAAUUGGUCUCACCUGGGAUCGCCUUUGGGAAGAAUCUAGUCCUGGAGAUCCAAUGUCUCUAGGUCUUAUUCUAGUCAUGAUGGCAAUUGACGGAGUGCUUUAUGCAUUAAUAGGAUACGUUGUUACCAAAUACACCAAUUCAGGUAGGGAUUUUCAUGGGUUGAGAUCACGUAGUUUAUGGUGGGCCGACACUCGUUCUCUCUACGGUCGACCUAGCUACCUCGCCUUCGUCAACAGUCUCUAUUUCACUAACGAUGUUCUGCACCCUUCAGCAAUUUAUCAAGAUGAGGAUAGUGACAUCAGCAGUAUGACAGUAAACGAAAAACAAAUAGGUGUGAGAUUUGAAACAGUGAGAAAAGUUUUUCAAACAGAACGAGGAGAAGUUGUUGCAGUGGAUGACUUUAGUUUAAAACUUUGUGAAGGAGAAGUCACCAGUCUCUUAGGUAGAAAUGGUGCCGGUAAAACAACAAUCAUAAAAAUGUUAACCGGAAUGCUCGCACCAACUUGCGGAGAGAUUUAUCUAAAUGGAGAUGAAGGAACCAAACCAGACAUCGGAGUAUGUCCUCAAGAGAACGUCUUGAUCGACACGCUGACACCUCGAGAGCACAUGACAUUCUACGCUAAAUUGAAAGGUUCAAUGAACAACGAGGAGCUGUACAAGAAUGUGAAUGGGAUGUUAGCGUCUUUGGAACUGGGUAGUCAAGAGCACGAACCGGUGUCAAGACUAUCCGGUGGCACUAAACGACGUCUGUGUGUGGCUUUAGCGUUUUUGGGCUCGCCGAAGCUCGUUAUUCUGGACGAGCCCGGAGCGGGUGUUGAUCCAGCAGCACGUCGUCGAAUCUGGCGUCUUAUAGACCAACACCGCGUUAAUAGAACGGUUUUAUUGUCGACUCAUCAUCUAGACGAAGCCGACAUGCUGAGUGACACUGUGGUGGUGAUGCACCGUGGUAAAAUUCUCUGCACGGGAUCACCCCUCACACUUAAAACCACUUACGGGCAGGGUUACUGGAUAAACGUCGCUUAUCCGCCAGCAGAGAUAAUCAGGGAAAUUGACAAUAAGGCCGUCGAAAGUUUACGGUCUCUAGUGCUCGAUGUGGUACACAAUGCAACGGUCAGUAAUCCCAGCGGGUAUGAACUCACCGUAAAUCUUCCUUUCCUGGGCAAGCAUGGAGCGACUAAUGACAUCGCCAGGGUCAUUAAAAAUCUCGAGGACAAUCAAAAGAGCUUAGGUUUCUCACAUAUCACCCUGGAGUGCGAUACUCUGGAAAAAGUAUUUUUGGAUUUGUGUUCUCGGGGUGAUAAUGCAGCAGCCGGAGUCGGAGUCGAUCCUGCUGGUGGGAAUACUGGAGGUUCUGCUGUACGUGGUAGCAGCAACAGUGUCGCGAGCAUCAGCAGUGUCGAGCUGAACAUGAUUGACGACACGGAAUCUAUUUUAACGAGAUACCCGACUAACCCAUCAGCUCUUCGUCAAAUGAAAGCUCUGCUGAAAAAAAAACUGUGGCAUUUUAUACGUGACUGGCGAGCACCCCUGGCGACUUUAAUUCUACCCACGAUUUUCGUCGCCGUCGCGAUGGGAUUUUCAUUGAUUCGACCGCCUUCUACUGACGAACCUUCAUUGGAUCUCAAUCCACAUCUUUAUGACACUCAUCCCACUUACUUCUACAGCAUUAACAAUGGCAGUGAUCCGUUCCUUCAACGACUGUCUUUUCAACUUCACGAUCGGUUCGGUGAUGAUUACGCUGGUGCUUGGCAGGCUCAUCCUAAUGACACGGGUACUUGUGAGUGCUCUCCAGAAGGUCAACAAAUUUGUCAUGGAGUUUCUAAAGCUGUUGAAGGUCUCUUUCAGACGCUGCCAGGUCGUCCAACACUUGACUGGAUAAUUUCGACGUUCCGCGAGUACAUUGAGAAGAGAUAUGGAGGAUGGUCGUUAUCUCAUUUGAAAGAGGAUCCUCUGUUCGUGGUCUGGUACAACAAUAAAGGGCACCACUCUCUUCCAGCCUACUUAAAUGCUCUCAAUGAAGCAAUUCUUCGAGCUUCUGGCGUAUCCGGACACUUGAAAACCUUCAACCACCCUCUAAAAUUGUCAAGCGACCAAUUGAACCGGACAACUUUGUUGCAGCAUGUGGCAGACGUAGGGGUGGCUCUUGUUCUGCUCAUCGCAUUCAACUUGGUAGCAGCACAAGGCGCGCGAGAGCUUGUCCGUGAGAGAUUGUCUGAGGAGAAGCGUAUUUUGUAUUUAGCCGGCGUGCAUCCUGUAACUUAUUGGACUACUGCCUUGAUCUGGGAUUUCUUGAUAUUCCUGGUAUCUAUUGGACUAGCCGUAGGAGUUUUCGAAAUAUUUGGACUGCCUGCAUACGUUGCUCGUGAUAAUCUUCCUGGUGUUUGUUUACUUCUUGUUCUAUUUGCGUGGGCAUCAAUUCUUUUUACUCAUUUAAUUGAAAAGACGUUCGACGACUCAAGUCUUUCAAACAUGGUUCUUUUCUGUCUGAACACAUUCAUCGGCGUGAUUUGUCUUGCAACGAUACUGGUAAUCGACAUCCUGGGAAAGAGCCAAGCUGCUAAAGACACGAGACAAAUGUUGCAUAAUAUCAUGCUUCUCUUUCCACAAUACGCACUGGGAGACGCAUUAGUUCAAAUGUCAACCAAUGACAUUACUGCUGAGCUAUUGGAAAGAUUUAAUAUGGAUACUUACAAGUCACCAUUGGGAUGGGAUCUCAUUGGUCCUCAUUAUGUAUUUUUAUUUGUAGUUGGUGUUUUUCUUUACAUAGCUAAUUUAGCCAUUGAGUGCAGGAUAUUUCCUAGUUGGGAAAGAAAGAGAGAAUCUUACAAAGACGCUGGUGAAGAUGAAGAUGUAGUAAAAGAGCGAGUGAGGGUUGAGAAUGGAGCGAGCACAGACGUACUAAAGACCAUUAAGUUACGUAAAGAAUACAGAAGUGUUUACGGGACCAAUGUUGCCGUACAGAAUUUAAGUAUUGGAAUCCAAGCGGGUACUUGUUUUGGUCUGUUGGGUGUUAAUGGAGCGGGAAAAAGCACGACAUUUAAGAUGCUUACCACUGAAUUGCUUCCGACAGCCGGAAAAAUAGUAUUAAAAAAUAAUAAAAUAGAUAGACGGCCUCUUUGUAACGGAGAAAUCGGGUACUGCCCUCAAACAGACUCGCUUGACGGAUUCUUAAGCCCCCAUCAGUGUUUAACUAUUCACGGGGAAGUUUGUGGACUAAGUAAUGUACCAAAAGCCGUUGAGUCGAUGUUAAACAGAUUUGACCUGCUGAAGUAUGCACAUCAGAGGGUUUCCAGUCUCAGCGGCGGAAACAAGAGGAAGCUAUGCGCAGCAAUCAGUGUAAUGGCCCCGGUCUCUGUAGUGCUGAUGGACGAGCCCACCAGUGGUAUGGAUCCUGCCACCAAGGAGCUUGUGGCAAGAAUUAUUCGCCAGAUCACAAGAGCUCAAGGCGCUGUUGUUAUGACAUCACACAGUGUUGCUGAAUGUGAAAAACUUUGUAAUCGAGUGGGAAUUCUUGCUCGUGCAGGGCUAAGGUGCAUUGGGACUGUUCAACAUCUUAAACAUAAGUUCGGCGAAGGACACAUUGCUUUUUUGCGCUUCACCCAGCCAGUAACGAUGAAAGAGCUGAAAGACGCGAUAUCUCGGCACUUGUACCGAGCCCAAGUGUCAUCAAGACAAGCAACAGCAGCGCGACUGAUGAUCCCCAGGGUCCACGAUGUCCCACUCAGCGAAACUUUCUCCCGAGUUAAAAGGCUUGCCGAGGAAUUGAAAGCUACCGACUACACGCUCACCCAAAGUUCAUUAGACCAGGUGCUGGUGAAUUUCUCUGAAGAAGCCGAAGACGAUUCAUCAGACCCGCGGUACAGAUCUCUUGUCAAUACGUAUCCGAGUAUGGACACCAUCCACAUGGAUACAUUCCAAUAGAUAAUUUAAUAUAGUUAUUUAAAAAAUAAUUAAAAAUCAAGCGGAGCAAAAUUAAAAUUUUAUUAUUAUUUUUAAGUUUUUUUACAAGGAAGUUAUUAUAAAGUAAACCUAUUUUUUAUUAUGAACGGUUAUAUUAAAAAUUUUAUGUGUAUAAAUUCUCGUAAUUUUUUAAAGUCAGUAUGAGAAAAUGUUGUUUACACGAAGUUUAUAAUUAAAAAAAAAAAAAAAAAAUUAUAAGUAUUUUUAUAUUAUAUUUAUGUAUAAGGCCUUACUUUUAGUGAUUAAAGUUUACCUGUAAGUUUUUGUGCGAAAAAUUCGCGUGGAUGUAAAAAAAAAUGUGUGUAAAAAUAUAAAAUUGAUAAAUAUAUAAGUAUAAAAUAAUGUAUUAAAAAAUGUUUUAUAUAUUGAAUUGUAUGUAUUAGAUUGUGAUGGUAAGAAGAUGAGAGUUGAGCAAUAAAUACUUGGAAAUACUUGUCUAUCAAGACGUUGUAUGACGUAAUGUGUGAAUCAAAAAAUAGAUUUCAUAUAUAAGUGGAACAAGAAAGUUUGUGAAAUAUAUACAUAUAUAAUAUCGCGACGUAAUACGUUGAGAUUUUCAUGGACGUCUACGCUUCACGUCAUAUAUUAUAUAGGUAUGUAAGUAUACACAGAUAUAUUUGUAUUUGU